AUGGCUGACCUAGAGCAAGAUCUAACCCACCGAGAUUUACCAUCUUCGAUCGAUGAUAUUUCCGCUGACCCACGUGAAUCAACAGCCGGCGGCUCUUCGAGUGAAACAUUAGUCCCUAACGGACUCCCCGACGAGAACCAUGAGGAAGUACUCAGCAACCCGGUCGUUAUCGAUGUGCCUACAAAACAUAUAGGUCCUCUUACGACCGGGUGUGACGGUCAGAUUGGCAACCAAUCGGACCAUCGGCCAAAGCCAGAUGAUAGAGAUAAAGGCAAGGCCCCUGUGAGGCUCGGUGAAGAUUUAUGUAUUAGAUCACGUCCCAUUGAUGAUACAAACCCCCAAUAUACAACCGAAAAUCAGGAAAAUCAGGAAGAGCCUAACCCCAGUACAGAUGGGGGAGACCAAUUUUCGCCCGAAAACGGGAUCCCGCAUGAGGCCCGACCAGCACUUUCCGAGUCAAGUUCCCGGGUGCCUGAUAUUGCACAAUCGGAUGAAACUGGCUGGGCAAUGUCGCCAAGGUCACCUACAGGUGGCAAGCAAAAACAAAAGAUGAUAUCGGACCCCGAAUUGGAGCCGCAACUGACUGAUUCGGCAUCCACUGAAACUAGAACCCAAUUCGAAAAUAGCGAGACAGGCGAAGCGGCAGGGUUUCGGCCACUUCAGUACGGUGACCCUGGAUGGGAGAAGUCAGCAGAUCGGCCACCGAAAAAGCUACCUAUCCGAUUUAAGGACGCGGUCGGGCGCAAGUUCGUCUUCCCUUGGGAGAAGGGUAAAACAUGGGCAGGUAUGGAACGUCUAAUCCGAAGCUGCUUUGCUCACGUGAAUGUCCUUGGACACUAUGUCAACGAGGGACGCUACGAUCUUCUUACUAGCCUUCCCUUCUCAACCGACGUCGGAGCUGGAGUGUUGCAUUCGUCUACGCCACCGUCCGAAGUAGAAAUUGUAGAGCCUCAAUCUGGUGGUACACCAAGCGAAUCUACUAUGCCGCACGCUCCAACCCCGCCGCCAGCUCCAUCGGUGCCUAUACAACAUUCAGCUAUCAUCAUUCUACCCGAACUGUGGGAAGAUUUGGUCGAACCGGGCAUGUAUAUUCAGAUGCAAUUCUGGCCUAUUGAUGCCCCGCCACCGCCUCCGCCCCCACCGUUACCACACCAUCCUCCUCCAGGUCAUCCAGCAUUUGGUCACUUGGGCGGUGGUAGGGGUCGCGGUAGAGGCCGUGGUAUGGGGAGAGGCCAUCCGGGAAUGAUGGGAUCAAUGCCUCACCUCCGACCCCCUCCGCCGCCGGGAUGGAUAACGAUGGAAGCUCCGAAGCCGAGAGGCAAGACACGGAAACGAUCAGAUGGGCCAUAG